GGAACGUAACGCUACCAGCUAGCUACUACACGAUGUUGUCAGAUACACUCACGAGGUGCUUCCAGGCCAUCCCGUUAGCUUGAAGACUUCGCAACCGCUUGUGUGCACAGUUGGUAACUCCUCAACAAAAGUCAGCACCAACAGAUGACGACUGCCAGGCUUUCACCUAAUUGGGUUAGGGUAUGCUUGGUUGGAAAUAUUUAGGUGCUAGUGGCGAAGGGCACGGAGUCGGGGCCUGGUAACCACCAACCGCGUCGCAGCCAAGCAAGCAUGGGCCGCGGCAAGCGUAAGGACAGCGCCGAUAUUGAUAGUGAUUUCGAGUAUGACGCAGCGUGCGGUCGGCGGUGGAAUGAGAGCAGCAGGUCACCGAGCUCAGAGUGUCCUACGCGGAAGAAGCCCCGGAACGGCAGGAGCAGUCAAGACGGCACGUCUGAAGAGGACGAAAGGCGGCGCAGACGUUUAAUAGCUAAUCGGCGCAGCGCCCAGCGCAGUCGAGUAAAGCGACUAGAAGAGGUCGGUGUUCUGGAGGGCAUGGUCGAGGACCUCGUCAAGGAGGUUGACGCACUCCGAGCCGAGGUAGGCAGCUGGAGCUGCCGCCAUGAGGAGCUGCUCGAGGAGCACCGUAAGCUCUCAGCGAAGCUGGAAGACGCUGGCAUCCCCAAUGAUGACGGCCCCCCUCCUCCCCCGAUACGCACCUCCCAGCAACGUGAGCAGCAGCAGGCACAUCAGUCACCAGGACAGCAGCCCUCAGCGCAGCAGCAACCCCAGACGCCGCAGCAGGAGCCGCCGCAGCAGCCGCAGCAGUCAGCACAGUCAACGCAUUCGCAACAAUCCCCAGCAACGCAGCAGCCGCAGCCGGCAACGUCCAUAACGCCGCCGAUGCUUCAUACCUUGACCUCCUUGAGCUCUUCCCGCGUUGCAUUACGACAGCAGCAGCAGCAACAACAACAAAUAAAGCAAGAAGGAGGAGGACAAGAUACAGAUAAGGCCGUCGAAAAAGGUUGUGAUGAGAAGGAGGAGCUGCAGGGCGGCGCAGCGCUGCAUAAUAGCCUCGAUAAGGGCCCUCUGCACCCCGAGCAGUACCCCGAUUGGGAAAGUGCUGAUGUGAUGGCAGCAAUGUACGCGCUGAACACCGUUAGCUGCCAGGCUGCUGGUCCGGAAGCUGCCAGCGGUGUCGCGGCUCCCGCUGCUGCCCGGUCGCAGACAGCAAGAACGCAUGCCGGGGCGGGGGAGGAGCCCCUGCACUCACACCUCAGCCUGCUUCCUCCGGAGCGGGAACCGCAGCCGCAGCAGCCACGAUACCAGGAGCGUCAGGAGCAGGGCGAUCUGCAAGUCGCUGGCUCCGCCGGCCAACAACAGCCCAGCACAUGGCACCCAUCAAGCCCCCAAGGGCGAUGUCGCCUCCCAACACCACACCAGGAGGAGCAACCCCAGGUGUUCGGGAGAGGCUGUGAGUGGGACCCCUCGAUGGCUGCCCCGCACGCCGCCCUCCUCCACGACUCCUCGCUGCUCAGCCCACAGCUGCCGCAAGCAGGCCUGCCGGCCCAGGGCCUCCUGCCAACCUCCUACAACGCGCUUGGAGACGCCAGACUGCUCCGGAGCAGUGGCUGCGGCAUAGCUAGCGGUUUGGGCGGCGGUGUGCACACGCAACCCCAACCCACCUCGCACCCCCCUGGCUGCUUCAACACCUCCGGUACGGCUGCUAGCCCCUCCCUGCCCCACGCUACGGUUCCGGCCGGGCAUCCAGCAGCUAGCGACUCAGAUGGCAACAGCCCUUUACCGGAGCAGCGACUUAGCCCCCCUUGCGAAGCCGUUGCAGCAGCAACCGCAGCUGCGAUAACAGCAGCAGCGGCAGCGGUAGCGGUUCCUGGGGAAUCUGCCAGCAGCAGCAGCAGCACAUCUGAUUCGGCCGCCGGCCUUCAGAAGCAAGCGGCGGAGCAGCUCCCCGUGACCCCAAGCAGGCAAGGGGGCAUUGAGGCUGCGCAUGUGGCACCGCCGCUGGGCGGUAUGUCGGACCAGGGAGCAGCAGUUGCGUCGGAGGGUGCCCUUAUGAUGGAGCAUGAAGACGGUGAUGGAGGCAUGCUAGCAGACGGCUGGGACCUGAUCUGACGUGUGAACGGCCUGACAGGGCACAUAACGUGAGAUGGCAGAACAGCGUAUGCGGGGUUUAAGGAGUGCAUGGGGUAGCAGGAUGUGGGGUUGCGCCCAAAAGCAUGUGGAAACCAUCCCGAGAGGAACACAAUCAUUGGCGACGGGACGGAUUGAAUAGCAAUUGCAAUGGGAUGAAUGCCUGACAAUUGCAGCAGGAGUACAUACGGUAUGCCGAUACUUUGUGAAGAGCCAUCACAUAUUGAUCCG